AUGCCCCACGGCAUCACGAACAGUGUCUUCGUCCGCACAACGCUUACAACCUGCGACGUCUUCAUCCUAGCGCUCGGCUUGCUGGACCCAAAAGCCAUGGUCUCGCCUGAACAGUUGAUAGAAAGCGCGACGCCGUGGUUCAUUGACGCCGAGACGAUGUGGUGGCGGAAGUUUGGUAUGGGGUGGUGA